CGCUGGCGCCAGGCGCCUGUCACUUCCUCGCGUCCUUCUUGACCAAAGUCCGGCGCGGGCGUAGGUCUUUGGUGGGGUAUUUUUUGCAGCAAUUUAGCUUGCCUCGGGGCCGCGGUGGUUUGAAAGCCCAAGGGAACCUGGAAAGAGAUCGCCACCCCCAGCCCUUGCACUUCUCGGUCCAAGAUGGACAAAGUCUGUGCCAUUUUUGGAGGUUCCCGAGGUAUUGGCAGGGCGGUGGCCCAGGUAAUGUCCCAGAAAGGCUACCGACUGGCCAUCGUCGCCAGAAAUCUGGAAGGGGCCAAAGCCGCCGCCCGUGACCUCGGCGGAGAUCAUUUGGCAUUUAGUUGUGAUGUUGCCAAAGAACAUGAUGUUCAAAAUACAUUUGAAGAGAUGGAGAAAAAUUUAGGUCGAGUUAAUUUCUUGGUAAAUGCAGCUGGUAUUAACAGGGAUAACCUCUUGGUAAGAGCAAAAACUGAAGAUAUGAUAUCUCAGCUUCACACUAACCUCUUAGGUUCCAUGCUGACAUGUAAAGCUGCUGUGCGGACUAUGAUUCAACAACAGGGAGGAUCUAUUGUUAAUGUAGGAAGUAUUAUUGGUUUAAAAGGCAAUUCUGGCCAAACUGUGUACAGUGCUAGUAAAGGAGGAUUAGUUGGAUUUUCACGUGCUCUUGCUAAAGAGGUAGGAAGAAAGAAAAUUAGAGUGAAUGUAGUUGCACCAGGGUAAAAACACCUUCAAAUGGCCUCUUGUACAUUGUGUACAAGGUCUUGUUCUUUGUCGCUAACAGAAAAACGCAUCAGAAUAACAUCCACCUAGAAGCAAAGCAGAUCAGUUCCUUUCAGCAUAAUACAGGUGAAAACUCAAAUGAACAUCUGUGCUUCUUGAAUUGGAACUACUCUAAGCUCCACACAGCUACCAUUGCAAGAACUGAGGGUCAGUUUAGGGUAGCUCACUUUCCUAAACUUCAAGCAAAGUAAGGAAUUUGUGAAGACUACUGAAUGAAGCAGUUUUCAUCUUCGAAUCAUAGCAUUGUAGUGCUAAAAGGAACCUCAGAGAUCUGCCAGAUUCAAUCCAUUUCUCUCAUUUUAUAAGGAAAUAACUAGGCAGUUUUAGAUAGUAUGUGAAUUUACUUAGGACAUAACUUUGGUAGUAUUGACAGAGCAGGGAAGAGAACCUAGUUUAAUGUGUCCUAAUCCAGUGGUCUAAAAAGACCCUGGUAAAAAAAAUCACAGAUUGUUGCCUUUGAGAAAAAACCACCAGAACCAGUUAGUAGUUGAGCCUGGAAUUUGCUAACCCAGAGCUACACGGUCUUUCUUGCAAACCAUUUCUGCUAUAGUUUGUUGGAGUGUUUUUUGUUUGUUUGUUUUUUUGUAUUUAGUAUUAAAACACAAUAUUGAUUUACUGCUGAGAGUUUGUGAAUUAGUGGGGAAAUAGUUUAUGUUAAUUUUGCAGAAAGUCAAAAAUUGUAUAGAAUAAAAGAUAAUUAUACCAUGAACUCUUUAAGAAGAUAACGUGCACUUUUAAAUGUUCUCUUUCAACUUUAAUUCAUUCAACUUUUCUAAAAAAUGUGAGGUGAUGUCUCUUUCUAGUAUACUAUCCAAGUCACUUUUGACAAUAAGUGUGUCCAAAGAUAAAAACUGGAUAUCAUGAAUCGCCAUAUGGUGCCUUAAGAUGAUUGGAUUGCCUGUUGAUUGUCCAUUGAUUAUUAUGGCUCUUCGUUAUAAAUUAAGUUUUAGUUAAAGUUCACUUGAAAUUCUGCAGAGGCUGGUUACCCGAUUUUAUCAUUGUCUGUGUUAGGUGAUUCUCUUUGUAUUCUUGCAUUCCUUCUGGCCAUCUCAUUGUUCCUAAAAAUAAAAGGGAAUGAAAGAAAUUUUGCUAACUUUUAAAAUAAAUGUGGUAAGCUUUUAUGGCAUAGGAGAUUGUAUCUCACAAUGUAAUCUCACAAUGAAAUACACAAAUGAUGCAAAAUUAGUUCUGUUGUUCCAGGCGCUCAUUACAGGCAAUCUGAAGAUUAUUUCAGUAACUUUUAUCUGGAUACAAAAUAAUAUAUAUUUGCUGUAGAGAAUUUGGAAAGUAUAGAAAAGUAAAAAGAAGAAAAAAAAUCAUCACCUAUAAUUCCAGUAUGUAAUGAUAAUCACUGUUAAUAUUAUGGUAUAUAUUUUUUCAGUUAUUAACAUACAUUAAUUUUGUUUUUUAAUUGUGGAAUAACUGAGUUCUUUGUAACCUAUUUUUAUAUACAAGGGUUAUUUUUCUGUGUGCUUUUGAAUAUUCUUCCAUAGAAUCAUUUUUAAUAACUGCAUUUUUUCUCUUGUGUAGAUGUACUAUGAUUUAUUUAACCCAUUCAUUUUUAAAAGACAUUCAGUUUGUUUCUAGUUUUCCUAAUAAAACUGUCACUGUCAUAGGCUUCUGUGCUAGUUGUAAUCUAUUAUGUCCCCCAGAAAAGCCAUGUUCUUUAAUGCAAUCUUGUGGGGGCAGACUGAUUAGUCUUUUAAUUAGGGUGGAACCUUUUGAUUAAGCUGUUUCCAUGGAGAUGUGAC